UUGCUUUAUGUUUCGCACCAAGUCGCAGAGCCCCCCUCGAUAUAACCCAACCGGAGCCCUAAUUCCGCUGCUCUCUCUCUCUCUCUCUCUCUCUUCCAAACUGAAAACCCUAAACCCAACCAAAACCUACAUCUCUCAGGCCAACCCUCGCAGAUUCAGCUUUUCUCGUGAAGUUAAGUACGUAGUUAUUUUGUCACCAUGGGAGACAGUGAAACUGUGGUUGCUCAGACAUCUACAGUCAUGGGGUACACAACCGCUGGUUAUUCUUCCACUGAUUACGGUAACACCAGCUCAAAUGCUGCUUCCGAAGCUGUUGCCUUUGCUGAUGGGGCUGGUGGAAAAUCGUCUUCUUCUGAUGCUACGACAACCACUGGAGGUUUGGAUGCUUCUGCUGAUGUGGCCGAUGCUGCCAUUACCAUUCCUGAUGGUUCUAAUGCAGCUGGUGGAGCCUUCAGUACAGAUUUAAACUCAGUCAUGCAGGAAGCUCCUACUACGAUGGAUGUUGAUAAUUCUAGGUCAUCUUAUGGACUUUCUGCUACUCAAGAGAAUCUUGCAGCUAGUGCAGAUGCUGUUACAGAUUCAUCCAAAGUUACAGGUUAUGAUUCCUCCAUCAAUGGAAAUGAGGUUAGCGAAUCGGCAAAUGUUGUGAUAAAUGGUAUAAGUGAGAAUGGGAAUCCGUCGGAUGAUGUUCAUGGAUUUGGUUCGGAGCACCAGCUGCUGGAUGGUUAUGCAUUAUCUGCUGAAGAAGAACGGUUAUGGAGCAUUGUGAGGACUAAUUCAUUAGAUUUUAAUGCAUGGACUGCCCUAAUUGAAGAGACAGAGAGGAUAUGGGAGGGCAAUAUUUUGAACAUCCGGAAAGUUUAUGAUUCCUUUCUAGCUGAGUUUCCUUUGUGUUAUGGUUAUUGGAAGAAGUAUGCGGAUCAUGAGUUUAAUCUAAGCACUGUUGACAGAGUUGUGGAGGUCUACGAACAGGCAGUUCAAGCAGUGACUUAUUCUGUGGACAUUUGGUUGCACUAUUGUUUAUUUGCCAUUGGUGCAUAUGGAGACGGAGAGACGGUUCGAAGGCUAUUUGACAGAGGAUUAGCAUAUGUUGGAUCAGAUUACCUAUCUUUCACGCUUUGGGAUAAAUAUAUUGAGUAUGAAUACAUGCAGCAGGAGUGGUCACGUCUUGCCUCGAUCUACACACGGAUUUUAGAGAAUCCCAAUCAACAAUUGGAUCGUUACUUGAAUAGCUUUAAGGAAUUAGCUGCAAGCCGGCCUCUGUCAGAAUUAAUGACUGCUGAGGAAGCUGCAGCUGCUGUGAUUCCAGAAGCUGGAGAUCAUGAAAUUGAGGGAGAGGUUAAUCCUAAUGCUGUGGAAUCUGCUAAACCCGUAAGUGCAGGCUUAACAGAAGCUGAGGAGUUGGAGAAGUAUAUUGCCAUUAGAGAAGAGAUGUUUAAGAAAGCUAAAGAGUUCGAUUCUAAGAUCCUUGGUUUUGAAACAGCUAUCAGGAGGCCUUACUUUCAUGUGCGGCCUCUAAAUGUUGCAGAACUUGAAAAUUGGCACAACUACCUUGAUUUAAUUGAACAAGGAGACGACUUCAAUAAGGUUGUCAAGUUAUAUGAAAGAUGCUUGAUUGCUUGUGCAAAUUAUCCUGAGUAUUGGAUACGGUAUGUUUUAUGCAUGGAAGCUAGUGGAAGUAUGGAUCUUGCUAAUAAUGCACUAGCUCGUGCUACCCAAGUAUUUGUUAAGAGACAACCAGAGAUUCAUCUUUUUGCUGCUCGAUUCAAGGAGCAUAGUGGGGAUGUUCCCGGAGCUCGAGCUUCCUAUCAACUUGUACAUUCUGAAAUUUCACCUGGUCUUUUAGAGGCUAUUGUGAAGCAUGCGAACAUGGAACAUCGUCUGGGAAAUCUGGAAGAUGCUUGUUCUGUAUAUGAACAGGCCCUUGCAAUUGAGAAAGGAAAAGAAAAUUCACAAACUUUGGCUUUCUUGUUUGCACAAUAUUCUCGGUUCUUACAUUUGGUUUCUGGCAAUGUGGAUAAAGCCAGGGAAGUUCUAGUUCAAGCACUUGAGGUUGUGCAGCUGUCGAAACCGCUUCUUGAGGCUAUGAUCCAUUUGGAAGCAAUUCAGCCACUUCCAAAACGAAUUGAAUAUUUUGAUGCAUUGGUUGAGAAGUUCAUAAUUCCUAGCCCUGACAACCAGAAUCUUGCAAGUAUUGCCGAGAGAGAGGAGCUAUCUAGCAUUUUCUUAGAGUUUUUGGAUCUCUUUGGGGAUGCAAGCUCUAUCAAGAAGGCUGACGAUCGGCAUGCCAAGUUGUUCUUACAUCACAAGAGCACGUCCGAGUCGAAAAAGCGUAAUGCUGAAGAUUUUCUGGUUUCAGACAAAACAAAGGUAGCCAAGUCUUACUCUGGUGUUCCUACAUCCGCCCCAUCAGUAAUGGGUGCAUAUCCAAAUGCACAAAAUCAAUUGGCAGCAGGUUAUGGCUUGCAGCCUCAAGGUUGGCCACAAGUCGCACCAUCCCAAGGACAACAGUGGAACCCUGGAUAUACUCAACAGGCUGCAUAUGGUGCAUACGGUAGUUAUGGAAGCAGCUAUACACAUCCACAAAUACCAACAUCCGUGCCCCAGGCUGCUGCUUAUGGUGCUUAUCCUCCUCCAUAUCCUGGCCAGGCCGUACCCCCACAAAGUUAUGCUCAAUCAGCAACACCAGCUACUUUAAAUCCUGCACAACCACCUGCUUCAGUUACUCCUCAGGCAUAUUAUGGAAGUUACUACUGAGCUGGUGAGAUUACAUGAUACUAAUUUUGUGCCUGUAACUUAACCUUAAAUCUUGUUGUUCCGGUACAAUGGGUUUCUUCAACAUGGAUAUUGAGAUUGGGGAAGCAGCCGACAUACGGAUUUGAACAUAGUUUUUGUUGGUACUGCGACUAUCCAAAAUUGCAGCAGAAUUGUGUUUUAGCAUAUGAUGCUGUGUUUGGAACUACGAAUCUCAUUGCGGUUGGAUGGAGGCUGAAUGAAGAUGGUCUGUUGGCUUCAUGUCUGAGAAUUUCUCUGGUAGAAAAGGUUUCAGUUUGGUACUUUUGGGGCAGAUUCUAUGUAGUUGGGAAGCUUUUAUCAAGGCAAAGUGAUUUGCAACCAUGCCUGCUUUGCAUAGAAUUCUAGUUUUAGCUGCAGAACUGUAUUUGAAUGGUUACCUCUUGUCUGCUUUUUUUUUUUUUCCCCUUAUUUUUAUUCAGAAGGUAAUUGGACAAUAGCACGUGUAGAGAAAAUUGUCUUCUUUUUUUUUUAUUUAAAAAACUUCAGAAUAUAUCGUAGAGAAAGUAAGUUGCUAUGAGCAUUUUUUUUUAUGGACAUCAA